UAUUUUCAUCUCUCUUCUUCUUCAGCAGCACACGUGCUAGCUGCUUGCGCUUUGUUUUUUUCGCAAAUUAUUCGUCGUAAUUUGCGAAAAUGCGCAUUGAAACGUGUUAUUUUUGCUCCAGCAAAAUAUACCCUGGCCACGGGGUGAAUUUCGUGCGAAAUGACUGCAAGAUCUUCAAAUUCUGUCGGGGCAAGUGCCACAAGGCCUUCAAGCGGAAGAAGAAUCCCCGCAAGGUCGGCUGGACGAAGGCGCACCGCAAGGCCGCCGGCAAGGAGCUGGCCAUCGAUCCCAGCUUCGAGUUCGAGAAGCGCCGCAACGUGCCCAUCAAGUACAGCCGCGAGACCUGGCAGAAGGCGUUGGAGGCCAUCAAGCGGGUGACGGAGAUCAAGGAGAAGCGCACCACCCACUUCGUCAUGGACCGCCUGCGCAAGGGUCGCGAGAUCGAGAUCCAGAUGGACGUCAAGGAUGUGCAGCGCAACAUGUCGCUCAUCCGCUCCCCGGCCGCCGGUCUCAAGGAGCGCCGCGCCAAGGAGGCGGCGGAGGAGGCUGCCCUUAUGGAGGAGGACCUGCCCGAGGAGAAGAUCACCUACGUGGAUGCACGCGAGCUCGAGAAGAAGCUCGAGGAGGGAAUGGGAAUCGAGGAUCUAGAGAUGUUAGAAGCCUAAGGACAAGUACGCUGAUUUUUGAUAGGUUUAAGUUGCUGCUAAAAAAUACACUAAAUAAAAACCCCGUGGUACAUAAA